AGCUUCCUCUGCUCCACCCUUUGCGUCGUCAUCUGCACAGUUUGCCCUUAUCAACUCGCUGUCUUCGUCUUAGGUUCCAAUUUGCAGUGCAAGCAAGAUCUCGGGGUGUUACCUGUUUGUCUCUCUGUUGCAUCACAGAAUCUCCACUCCAACGAAGAUGGACAAGUCCGGCAAAGUUAUUGCAAAGUGGGAUAGUAGAGCAACAAAAAUUUACACAGAAAUUUGUGUAGAAGAGGUAAAUGCUCGGAACAGGCCACAACAAUUCCUAAAUGCCGAAGGGUAUGCUAACCUCAUAAGGAAGUUUAAGGAACGCACUGGGCGCACUUACACCAGGGAUCAAAUGAAGAAUAGGUGGGAUUCGUUGAAGAGAAUGUUCACCCAGUGGAAAACUCUGAAUGAUAGGGCUACAGGUCUUGGUCGAGACCCUCAUACUGGUUCAAUCAGUGCCCCAGAUGAGUGGUGGGCCAAGCAAAAUGAAGCAAUGCCAGGCUGUAUUAUGUUCAAAACAGCCCCCCUAGAGAAUGAGGACGAGCUAAAGGUUAUGUUUGGACCAAUUGUGUGCACAAAUGAAAGAACCCUGGUGCCCGGCGUCGAGGAUGCUAAUUCUUCUUCUGAUGAUCAUUUGGAAUACACUUUAGGUGGGGGUGAAAACAGCACACCUGACCCCUGCACUAAUGCUACUGGCAAGCGUAAGUUGCGACAUGAUUCCCCUAAACCAAAGAAGAAAAAAGAUUCGAGGGAAGAGUACAUGAAAAGACUUGUGGCGGCUUUUGAGUCCCGCUCAGUUACCACAAACAAGUCUAUUACCUCUUCUGACAAUGACCCGGUUCGCUUAGAGAUUAAAAAGCAGCUGAUGCAAGUGAAGGAAGAUGGAUCACCUGAAGGGAGCGAAAUACAUUUGUUUGCCACGCAUCUUCUGAUUCAUAAGAAGUAUAGAGAUGUUUUUGCAAACUUGGAGACAAAGGAAGGAAGAAUCGCUUGGCUUCGCAAUGCUUACGAGUUAGAAACUAAAAAGAGCAACUAGCAGGUGGACGUCGGACAACU